CGACGCUUAUGAAGAAAAAAUAGUGUUCUGAUACACGCGCGCUGAUCUGGAGCUGGAGUGACAAUAUAAGAAGCACAAUUUGCUUGCACGUUCAGCUGGAAGGCAUCUACAGAUGGACCUCCCGGCGGAACCCCUGUGGAUGAUGCAUGCCCAACAUUCAGCCUUAAUGGGUACCCCAGAUUCAGUGCUUCUUCAUGCUGGUUUAGGGCAUCGUGUCUCGGGAUUUAAGGAGCCAGGAGCCCCGUUAUUACCACCAGAUGAGGUGGAUGUAUUUCUCAGUCAUUUGGACUAUCAAGGAAGCCCCUGUUAUCACUCACAUGGAGCCCACUCAUACACUCGUGCACGAAUGUCUUACAGUCAAACACAUGCUCGGCUGAAGGGUGGCGGAAUGUGUCGGCCCCACCUUAUCCACUCUCAAGAACUUUCGUUAUUGGAGAACAGCAAGUCGACCCUGUCAGUGGCCCAACACCACAAUAAAUGGGCCGUCAGCCACCAGGGUAAUGCUGAAAACUCAAGUGGCCUGUACACGGGUACCGGUUCUACCCCAGGUUCGAUGCCUUACCUGUCAAUGACACAACACUGCAGCCCUCAGCUCUACUGCCUACGCCCUACUCCACCCAAGGACGCUUCCUUGGACCCCGCGUGCACUGCUUCUGUGAUAGACACUGGGAAAUACCAUAUGCAGCUCGUCGAUGGAAUGAAAGUGGAGUGUUCUAGUCCAGUCAGUACUAAUCUGGCGCAGACUACGACACAUAUAGGCCUACUUUCAUAUUCCGAUUAUGCUUUUGCAGGAGAGCAGGACUUCUCCGGCAGUGUGUUUCAUAACAGAAGUCUGGUCGGGAGCAGCACGAGAAACGUGACGCCAAAAUGCAAAAGCUGCGCUUUUUCAGGGCGCGAAUGUGUGAAUUGUGGAGCAACAUCAACUCCUCUGUGGCGAAGGGAUGGAACAGGUCAUUAUCUGUGUAAUGCAUGUGGACUCUAUCACAAGAUGAAUGGCCAGAACCGACCACUCAUCAGACCCAAGAGGCGACUGUCAGCAUCUAGGCGAGCAGGCACCUAUUGUGCCAACUGCCAGACAGGCACCACCACACUUUGGAGACGUAAUGUCAAUGGAGAACCUGUUUGUAAUGCCUGCGGUCUGUACUACAAACUACACAAUGUGAACCGGCCCAUUACUAUGAAGAAAGAUGGGAUUCAGACCCGCAAUAGGAAAAUGUCUAGCAAACCUAAGAAGAGGAGAGUGGAAAACUUUCCACAGUGUGACAGUUGUGUGCAGGAUAAACCAUCCACAUUUACCCACAUGGCCACUAUGUCCCACUCCUUUAAUAUGACCCCACCCAUACAACUACAUUCUGCAUUCAGUCACACAAGCUUAGUCACUGCUAUAGGCUGAGAAAAGAUACUAUCCUUAAUAAAGGGAUAGUUCACCCAAAAUUGAAAAUUCUCUCAUCGUUUACUCACCCUCAUGCCAUCCCAGAUGUGUAUGACUUUCUUUCUUCUGCUGAACACAAAGGAUUUUCGAAAAACUUUUUAGCAAAAUGUGAAAGGGUACCAACAUUUUGAAGCUCCAAAAGGCACAUAAAGGCAGCAUAAAAGUAAUCCAAACAUCUCCACUGGUUAAAUUCAAAUCUUCAGAAGUGACAUGGUAGGUGUGCAUGAAAAAGAGAUCAAUAUUUAAGGCUUUUGUUUUUAUUAUAAAUUCUCCUCCUUGCCCAGUAGGUGGCGGUAUGCAUGAAGAUAUAAAUUCAUACACAUCUGGGAUGGCAUUAGGGUGAGUAAAUGAGUAGAGAAUAUUCGUUUUUGGGUGAACUAUCCCUUUAAAACAUAACUAAUAAAACACUAUAAAAUUUAUGUUUCAGCCUUAAAUCUUAGUUCUUAUGAAAGACACAGUAAACAUGCUUUGUUCAGUUUUUGAUAGACAACCAGUUACAAACCUGAUGCACUUUAUGUAGUUGAUUCUUAUUUUAUCGCUAUUUAUUUUAAGUCAAUCUGACUGUACACCAAGAGUUUAAUUAAUAAGGCAGAUAUUAAAUGAUAAUCAAUAGGCCCUAUUUAUUCAAAUAGUUAUCACAAAAUAACUCUUAUGCCAGAUUAAAGUCCCACCAAAUCCCAACAUUUGCUUUAUUGAAUCUAAUGGCACUGCACUCUAUCUUAUGGAACUGUAAAGAAGGAAGGAGAAUGUUUUUUCCCAGAUGACAGUUGCUCUCAUACGGUUUCAACUGCAAUUUUAAGAUUA